GCAGCUCCACAUAAUAAAGACAAGGGAAGCACAAACAAGGAAGUAAUUUACUGCAAGAGAAAAGUUUACCGUCGAAGAAGUGUUUUUUUUUGUGGUCAAGGAAAAUAAAUAAAUACAUAAAUAAAUAAAUAAUAUAGGCCGAUUUGAUUGAUACAGUCUACAAUUGCAUCAGAACAAACACGACAAAAAUGAACAAUAAAGCACCCUACCCCCAGCAGGCUGCAUACCCUCCUCAGCAAGGCUCCUCUCCCCUCUACCCCCCAGCCAUGGCAGGGCAGCAGGCUCCCCCCUACUCGGACGCACCCCCUUCCUACUCCGAGAUCUACCAGCCCAGGUACAUGCACCCCCAGCAGGCUGGCACCGUGCCUCAGAUGCCCUCCACCUAUCCUGGCGCCCAGAUGUUCAUGCAUAUGCCCCAGUCAGUGCCCAUGGCCCAGAUGGGACACAACGUGCCCAUCGCUUACUACCCGAUGGGGCACCUGUACCCUCCCGGCUCCACAGUGCUGGUGGAGGGGGGGUAUGAUGCAGGAGCCCGCUUCGGAGCAGGCAGCAGUCCCUCCAUCCCGCCCGUCCCUCCCGGGCACCUCCCCAACGCAGCCCAGCUGGCCGCCAUGCAGAACGCCAACGUGAUGAUGUCACAGCGCAAGGGCAACUUCUUCAUGGGCGGCUCCAGCGGAGGGUACAGCAUCUGGUAACCCGAUUUGGCCGAGCCGGGCUCCACACACACGCACGUCCGCGUGCUGCAAUACUGACAUCGCCUAACGGAAUGUAAUAGUUUAGCACCGGAUGGGUGCAGUACACCACCAGUUAUAUUAAAAAAAAAAAAAAAAAAAGGGGGGGGCAGGUACACAUCCUGGUUAUUGAGGUAUAGCAACACUUUGUUCAGGGUAUAUAGUAAUAGCAAGAUGGAUGGCCCUUGUAUUGAUUUCUUGAGAUAUAGAUAAAUGUUAGGGUUUUUUUUUUCUAAUCUUAGUUGAUUCGAUCUGACUCUGAAUUUAUACAAGGAGCAGCUAAUAGCGCAGAUGUGAUUUCAUCUGCAUUUCCUUCUCAUCUGUGUUUGUGUUUUCAUGGUGGUUUACUGCACUCCCAUGGACAUAUUUUAGAGGAUUAUUAUUAUCGGGUGCCAAAGUCCUUGAGCGCCUUCAGUUAAAAGCAAAAAAAAAGAAUCUUUUAUUAUUCCGAAAUUAAAGUACAGGAGGCAGAGGAAAGAAUGGAGACGGGGGGGGGGGGGGGGGGGGGGGGGUCUACAGUGGAAAAACCUUGUCAGUCUAAACUGCGUUUUAUUAAGCUCCUUUUAAAGAUAUUUAACACUUGGAGAAUGUAUGUAUUUUGAGCAUAAAACAAUAAAGAAAAUUAAAUAAUGUUCACUUGCAUGCUUUUGCACACUUUAUGCAAUAAAACCUACCUUACGCUGUUUUUAAAAAAUCAUCCAAAUAAAUAUACUUUUUAGUGCCAUUUUGGAUUUACAAGGUUUGACUACACAGUGAGCAAAAAAAAAAAAAAAAUCUAAGUGUGAUUGUGAUGUUUACAUUACUGAACCAGCCUCACAUGUUUUCCUAUUAGAUGUGUGUGUGUGUUUAGGGUUACCAUGUGACUCCGGGUACACUUGUACAGAUUGGGACAGUUCAGGCACUGCUGUGCAUUCUGGGAAGUGUAGUCCUGCUGUGAAAGGUACUUGAUCCAGGUAAGAACGCAUUGCGAGGUGAGCUGAAAAGCCUGAAGCGUCCUGGGAACCCUAAUGUGUGUGGGCUGUCUAGUACAGGGGUGUCCAGUCCUGGUCCGCUGUCCCUCCUGGUUUUUGUUCCAACUGUAUUACUUAAUUGGGCCGAUUAAGUGUCUAAUAAGCCCUUAAUUAGUCCAAUUAAGUAAUUUAGGAUACAGUUGGAACAAAAACCAGGAGGGACACCAGCCCUCCAGGAACGGGAUUGGAGACCUCUGCUCUAGUACUGAUAGUCUUAUAUUCAUAUCAACGUGUGUGUGUUUGUAUUGCAAAGAUUUCUAAUGCAAUUCACUGUACAUGGCAUGGCAUGGGCAGUUUCUAGUGUUGGAACAAAUAUUCUUGGGUGAAGUGUCAAACGUGAUCGAUUUUACAUUAGUCAACCAAAAAAAAAAAAAAAAAAACACCUUCAAACGCUUGUGAUCCAGCUCCCCUGCCCCGAGGUUUGCUAUGAAAUGUACCUGCUGCUGCUGCUGCUGCUGAUAACACAAUAAAUAACAUUCCACUUUAUGGAAGAGUUUCGCUCUCCUUUUGUCUGGCGGGAUAACGUGGGGCGGGUGUAGCUAAGCCAGUCCUGGAUUCUCUGAAAUUUUCAAAGAAUAUUUGAACCUGAAAAAGUCCAUGUCUGUUCCAGACACAAAGAUCCUGUGUGUUGCUGGGACCCGAAAACAUUGAGUUAACACACUAACAACAUGUGUGUAUCGCUGCACUGCACUAAAACCAGCAUUAUCAUAGCAAUAUAG